AUGAACAACCAGCAGUUCCGCCGCUUGCUGGUCGACUCUCCGGGACAAAAAGAUGGCGACGCAAGCAAAGGCCAGUCUCAGCAGUCUACACGGACACAAGGUGCCGUGUUGGGGGCGCGCAAGAACGCGAGUAUACCCAUGACACCGCGUCAAGUAGGCCGCAACUCGAUACAAGCCGACUUUGCCCGCCAGCUCGCUGAGCGCAACGCUAAAGCGAACCCGACGAAGAAGUUUCGAUCUGCUGCGCCCAAAGGCAGCAAGCUCGCCGCAGGCUAUACCGACCGCACCAAAGAGCGCACCGACGACGAUGCUGAUGAAACGGCACAGCGCAUCAAAAAUCUCGAGGAGGCGACGAAGCUUGGUCAAAUUGACAGGGACAUGUUCGAGAAGUUGGUGCAGGAGAUCACAGGCGGAGACAUUACUGCUACGCAUCUUGUCAAGGGCCUGGACAGGAAGCUCCUCGAGCGCGUAAGAAAAGGCGAGGAUGUGUUCGCGCAUGUGUCAUCGAAUGAGGAGGAGAAGGAGAAGGAUGACAUUGAGGUUGUCGAAGAGGAGUUCGACGAGUUGGCUGAGCAGGAUGUUGGCUCCAUCGUGAGAGAGAAGAGUGAGAAGAAGGGCGAGGUUGCCCCCCCUAAGCCAGUAGCUGGCGUCAAGCGGAAUAGGGCAGAUGUCUUGGCUGAACUCAAGCGGCAGAGAGAAGAGGCGGCCGCGGCCGCGGCAGCUGAGUACGAAAAGAAAUAUCCAAGCCUUGGAAAAGGCUUUCGCAAGGUCAGCGAGAAAGGCGAGUCAUCCAGGAUCGAGGUCGACAAACAAGGUCGAGAGGUUCUCAUCAUCACCGACGCCCAGGGGAAAGAGAAGCGCAAGGUUCGAAAGCAGAAAGUGCAGGAACCUGCGCCUGAAGUCCGCUACGAUCUAGACGACGAAAAGAAGCCCAUCAACACACACGAUCUGCCUCCUGCAAAGGACAAGCAGGAGGAGUCAGAAGACGAUGACAUUUUCGAAGGGGUCGGCUCCAAUUUUAAUCCUCUUGCAACUAUAAACAGCGAAGACGAGUCGUCAGAGGAGGAAGGAGAAACAAAAGACACCACAGCAUCGUUCGAGAAGCCAAAUGCAACCUCCGAAGAGACCACUGCCAACGAUGACGAUCCCGACCGAGCUUCUACCAGGCCCACCACCACCGUCCAGAAUCCUACCGCGAAACGCAAUUACUUCGCCUCCAGCAAGACUUUUGCACCUGCCAACCCUGGUCAACCCUCUGAAUCAUCUACUGCGGAUGUCACGGUCCGUGCUGCCCUUCAGAAAGUGCGAACCCUCGACUCCAACUCCACCCUCAUCAACGACGCAGACUCUGAAGAAUCGCGCCUCAAGGCGCGACUUGCCAAGCUCGCCGCUUCCGAUCGCGAUAUGGAGGAUAUGGACAUGGGCUUCGGUGGGUCACGGUUUGACGACGCCGAGGAGAUGGAGCGAGAGGGUGAAAAGAUCAAAUUCUCGGAGUGGAAAGGCAUCGGAGCUGGAGAUGAUGAAGAUGCGGAGGGUGGCGCUAGAGGCGAGAAGAAACGGAAGAGGGGACCGAAAAAGAAGAAGGGGGAUAAAAAUAGUGCGACUGACGUGCUUAAGGCGAUGGAGAGGCAAAAGGAGAAGACUCUGGGUUGA